ACACUUGGCGUGCGCUCUCAAACUUGUCUCGAGUCUCGAGGCUCGAGCAGAAGCUCCCCGUUCGAUCCCAGCUCCCCAAGAGCGGGCGCGCACCUGCCAGCGGCAACGUGUUCGAUGGCAAAAAGAAAGCCGCGCUCAGCUGACCCUUUCGAACGUGUCUCGAGCAGCAGUUGGCCCGCUCGGCUCGCCUCGAAUUGCCAAUAACUCGACUCGAUGUCGUUUUCUUAGCGCAGUUGUGUUUCGCGUCUCCGCACGUUGAGUCCACUUUACAUCCGAGGCGAAGCUCCUCCCCUUAGCUUGCAAGCGCGCGCCGAUUUAAAUCACAUUUUUUUUUUUUCAAAUUCUUUUUACAUAUUGCUGUGAACUAUUUUUAUGAUACUUUUUUUUCACGUUUUUUUGUUGCAUAAAAAGUGAUAAAGUACUUGAUAUACGCGCCGCCAGCCAGGAUAACGCACGUGUAAAUAGUUCAAGAUGGUUCACGCCCUCGCUCGCCCCCUGCUGCUGAUGCUGCUGGUUGGCUCUGCGCUGCUCUCCGUGGAGUCGAAGACCCUGAAUCGCCGCACAGACAAGAUCUCCGAGAACUUCAAGCAACUCGACCUGCCGCCAGAGGAGAUCGAUCCAAAUGUGGCGCCGCCCGAGCCUCAGAAGCUGGAGACCGCCGUUGCCGAGGCCGCUGCCGAGACAGUUGCAGAACCAGCCGCAGCCACAACCGCAGCCGCAGCCACAGGCGCUGCAGACGCUGCGGAGGCUGUGGACGAGGCCGCCAAUGAGAUAGCCAGCGCGGAUGCUGCUGCUGCAGCUCCAGUCACGGAAGCGGCCGUUGCCAAGCCAAAGCCAAAGCCAACGAAGCCAACGAAACAGGACGAUAAUCCAAUCAGCAGGUUCUGCAAGUGCACCGAGUCCCACUGCGAUUGCUGCCGCAAGUUCGGCCUGCCCCUGCUGCCGAGCGGACCGGGCUGUGCCAAGAUCGCCUACCUGGGCAACGACGAGAUGAGCGUCUCGCUCAAGUUCGGCGACAUCACGCUCGCCUCCCGCCGCAUCUCCAGCAAGCGGGCCAGGCCCAUUUGCGUGAGCAUGCCCGGCGGCUACUCCAAGUUCUGCGGCCGGGUCUACGGGCUGUCGCGGGCCCAGGAGAACUUCAAGGCUUGCCUGGCCUUCGAGCUGCGCUCUGAUGACGAGCUGGAGGCCCAGCUGCCCAUCUCCUGCUUCAAGUUUGGCUCCGAGGGUCUGCGCGUCGCCGAGGCUGAGCCUUUGCCCACGAAGGUGAAGAAGCCCGAGGAGGAUGACGACGACGACAUCUUUGGCUUUGGCGCUGGCGACGAUGAGGAUGAGGAUGAGGACGAUGACUACGACGAUGGCGAGACGACAGGUGCCUCUGCCGAGGACGACGAUGCCGACGACUAUGCCGAAGACGAUGAUACGGAAGCGCCAGAGGAUGCGGACUACGGCGGCUUCAGUCUGGGCGGCCUCCUUGACGAGCUCGACGACGAUGAGGAUGAGAAGCCGAUCAAGAAGCCAGCUGUUGCUGCCGCUGCCACGCCCCUUGCCGAUCAGACGACACGCGAGCAUGUCGAAAUGGAUGCGCAGAGCAAAGAUGAAGCCGGCACAGUUGUAGCAGCAGCAGCAGCAGCACCCGCCGCAACAGAUGCCCCGGCGACUGUAGCAGCUGCAGUAGAGGCUGCCGCUGCACCGGCUGUUGCGGCUGCCGAAGACAGCAGCUCCACGGCCACGACCACGUCCACGUCCACCUCGAACAAGAACAAAAAGUCGAAGAAGGCGAAAAAGAACAAGAAGAAGAAGAAGGCAGCCAACGAUGCGGCAGCUGGAGAAGGCGACUUCGCCUACGAACUGCUCAACGGCAUCCUGGAUUUUUUCAAUUGAGCGGCCAACGGGAAUACGCCAACAUGCUUGGCAACUCUGUAAAUACCUUGUAUUAACGUUGAGCUGCGUUUACGGAUGGAAGAGGGGACAAAGGAGAAGAGAGGGGAAUGAGAAGGGCGAGAGCAAGCCGAAGAGCAGGAUAUUGCUUUAUGUGCGUUCGUUUACGAAUGGACUGAGCAAAGAGGAAACGGGAAGGAAGUGAGAGGAGAGUGAAGGAAGCAGAUGGAUUUGGUAUCAGGAGUUAGUUUGUAGUUUUGCUUUACUUUAAUUAUUUAUGCAUGCGCGAAUAUUUGCAUUUACGAAUGGAGUGACGAAAGGAGAAUGCAAGGAGAAUUCUCCCAUUCAUGAAUCAUUUUUAUUUUCAUUUACGAAUGGAGUGUAAAGGGUGGAAGAUGAAGAAUACUUUUGCCCAUUGCCCUAUAUAUUAAUUUAAACAUGUAUUUAUUUAUUGACAAAUCGAGAAACGAAAUCCAUCUAUCAGAAAGCCGUAUAUCUCCCUGCCCAGAGAUCCAUUUCUAUCUACCCAUCUAAAUUUAUAUUUAUAUUUAAUUUAUUUAAAUUUAAAACGAAAAUAAAU